AUGGCCGACCGUCUCACAGAUGCAAUCCGAGCAGUCGUUGACUCCUUCCUCACACUCCUCUCCUCCAUCCGGUCCGGGCUCGGAAACACCUGGAACGCCCUCAGGACAUUCUUCUCGGAUCUCGAAAGCGCCCUUCGCGGUGCUCUUGGCUGUAACGGGAAUGGAGUGGGAGGAGUUCGUCUCGUGGAUCGGCUGAGAUAUAGCUUGGCGCUGUGA